UUAAUCAAAAAUACUAGUUACUCAUUAGCCCGACCCCAUAUCUAGUCAUAUCAUUAUGGUAUCUACGACCGCGAACAACAGUCCUGCAACAAGUGUAGGCGAGAAAUUCAGAGUUGCACAAUGGGAGAUCUGCUUAAAGGCUACAGUCAUUUUAAAUCAGUCACUUGUUGCUGAAUUGCAAAGCAAGUUGGCUAAAAAGGUGUGGAGUGAUCUCACUACGUCGGUAGUUAUCCAUCUCAGAGGCGGCAGCAACUGGAGGACUUCUGUAGCAAGAAAGACGGAAACACCGACGAUUCUUAAGUUCAAGGAAGUAACACAGCAACGCGGUGACAGCGGCGAUUUCUAG